AAGGCGCAUGCGCACUGCGGCUGACCCUCCGGUUUCUGCGUGCACUGCCACGUUAGUAGCGGUAGACACAAAAUACCAGCUACUCUCCCAACCUGAAACAAGGGGAAAAGGACCUGAAACUAACAUCUGCUUCUCCACUCCGGCCGUAGCCGAGCGCGUCUGAACCUCACGUAUCUUUUAGGGAAGAAAACUCGACGGCGGCGAUGUUUAAGUUUCUGGUUUUCUGCACACUGGCCGUGGCCAGCAGGGCUGAGAUCGCCGAGGAAGAAGAUGUCCUGGUGCUGAAGAAGACUAACUUCGACGAGGCUCUUCAGGCUCACCCCAACCUGCUGGUUGAGUUCUAUGCUCCAUGGUGCGGUCACUGCAAGGCCCUGGCUCCAGAGUACGCCAAGGCCGCUGGCAUGCUGAAGUCAGAGGGUUCAGGCAUCCGCCUGGCUAAAGUGGACGCCACAGAAGAGACCGAACUCGCCCAAGAGUACGGCGUCCGGGGGUACCCCACCAUCAAGUUCUUUAAGGGCGGCGAUAAGGAGUCUCCCAAAGAGUACUCAGCUGGCAGGCAGGCAGAUGACAUCGUCAGCUGGCUGAAGAAGCGCACGGGGCCCGCUGUCGCCACCCUGAACGAGGUCACCGACGCAGAGUCUCUGAUCGCUGAUAACGAGGUGGCAGUCGUUGGAUUCUUCAAGGACGCUGGAUCUGCUGAUGCCAAGGCUUUCGAAAAAGCAGCUGAGGCCAUAGAUGACAUUCCCUUUGCCAUGACAUCCAGUGAUGCGGUUUACUCAAAGUUUGAGGUGUCCAAGGACAGCAUUAUCCUCUUCAAGAAGUUUGAUGAAGGGCGCAACACCUUUGAUGGAGAGCUGACCAAAGAAGCGCUUCUGUCUUUUGUCAAGGCCAACCAGCUGCCCCUGGUCAUCGAGUUCACUGAGCAGACCGCCCCUAAAAUCUUCGGUGGAGACAUCAAGUCCCACAUCCUCAUGUUCGUGCCCAAAACAGCCUCAGACUUCCAGGACAGAAUGGACGAGUUUAAGAAGGCUGCAGAGGGGUUCAAGGGUCAGAUCUUGUUCAUCUUCAUCGACAGCGACGUCGACGACAACCAGCGAAUCCUGGAGUUCUUCGGCCUGAAGAGGGAGGAGUGCCCCGCCAUCCGCCUCAUCACCCUGGAGGACGAGAUGACCAAGUACAAGCCAGAGACCGACAGCAUCACUGCAGAAAGCAUCACUGCGUUCUGCACACAGUUCACUGAGGGCAAACUCAAGCCUCACCUCAUGAGCCAGGACAUCCCUGAAGACUGGGAUAAAAACCCUGUCAAGGUUUUGGUCGGGAAAAACUUUGAGGAGGUUGCCUUCAGUCCGUCUAAGAACGUCUUUGUGGAAUUCUAUGCACCGUGGUGUGGACACUGCAAACAGCUGGCUCCCAUCUGGGAAAAGCUGGGAGAGAAGUACAAGGACAGCGCCGACGUUAUCAUAGCUAAAAUGGACUCCACAGCCAACGAGAUCGAGGCUGUCAAAGUCCACAGUUUCCCCACUCUGAAGUUCUUCCCUGCAGGAGAAGAGCACAAGGUGAUCGACUACAAUGGGGAGAGAACACUUGAAGGCUUCACCAAGUUCCUGGAGAGCGGCGGUAAAGAUGGCGGCGCCCCCGCAGGAGACGACGAUGACCUGGAUCCUGAGGGUUUGGAAGACGUGGAGGACGACUCCGACGGCGAGGACGGAACUGACGACGACGGGCACGACGAGUUAUAAACGUUGGCACAAACGGAGAGAGAGGAGACGAGUCCCGCCCUAAUCCUACCAAACAGUCACCAUCACCACCUUCACUUCCUCGUGGACCUUCCCUGUCCUGUGAACAUUAAUUAUUCCCCUUUAACUUCCUCUCACUCAGUCAGUAAGCCGGCCUGAUAACAGCCCGCCAGCUGGGCAGGGCACCCCCCCCCCCUUCUUCCCUGUCACAUCUUCAACCUCCCAACCUCUGGCCAGACUGGUCUGGUCCCACCUGGCGGGACCCUGUGGAACAGUGCACCAUCUCCUGUGGGAGACCUCAAUGCCUUGUCUGCAAAGCUCCACAUCAGCUGUCUGCCUUGUAUAUUUUGAACCAAAUGUAAAAAAGAUGGCGUUGAGAUCCAGUUUGAAAAUGUUUGUUUUUCCACAUGCUCCCCCCCCCUUAAAAAAAAAAAGUCCUUGCUGUUCAUUUGUUCAGUGUGGGUAUGAGCUAAACGGGCGUUGUAACCUAUAUCUGUAUGUAAGGGGGGGGGCUGCCAGUGUUCUCCCUCUGAUAGGACCACAGGUAUGUGUGGCGGUUUUGUAAGAACUGAUCUCUCAGGGGAAAAGGGGCCAUUCUGUAGAUGUUUUCACUAAAAUAACCCCCACAGUGUAGCACAAAGGGCCCCCCAUCUGUAGCCGAGACCAAUUAUUUUCCUUCUGUCAGCGGGGGGGGUUAUUCUCAUUUUUCAUUCCCAAAUCUUUUGGCUCUGCCUCCUGGUUUCAGCGUGGCUACUGACUCGACUCUAAAAGGAACAAAGUUAAUGUUUUGGGGAAAAUCCUGUUUUUAUUUAAUUGCUUUCGCUUCGAGCUGUUUUUUUAUUUUUUUUUUGGUUUUUAUUAUUAUUAUUUAGGACUUGUCAUCAGCUGUUGCUGGGUUGACCCUGUUGGGGCAGAGUUAACCUGUUUACACACUCUCAGACCUGGGGGGUGGGGUGGGGGUGGGUUCUGAUAGGUCGCACUGCAUUCAUGCCUAAUCAGAGAUUUGUUGUUUACUGCAGCAGAGAUUGGUUUAGUUUACUGGUUGGUCUGAGAGGUGUCUGAUAUCUGAAGCAGGGAGGGAACAGUUGGAACAGCCCCACCCCUCACCCAUACUGUACCUCCUGCAUCCCUUUUGGCUCUACCCAGGACCCUUUGCCUCAGUGGGGGGUGUAACUGCGUGUGUGCAUGUGCGCAUGCUGUGUGACUGGUGUGAUGAGUAUUUUCUUGUCGUGUGUGUGUGUGUGUGUGUGUGUGGUGGGGAGGAGGGGAAGCUUGAGUAGAGCGAGGUGAUGUCAGCCGAACAGCGGUGGUGGUGUGGGAGGGGGAAAUCUAACAAAGCAUUCCAUCAUAUCCAAAUUAAUGUGGAAAAACGUGAAAUGGUGGCCAAUAAA